AUGUUUAUAAAUUUACUUUCACAUUCUACAAAGCUAUCAAAUUUUAACAAUAAAAGGCUUCUAAUUCGUUAUUUUAAUACUGAUUUUUUGAACUUGAAACAAGUAACCCCAAUUUCCACCGAGCUAAAAAAGUUUAAAACAACACCUCUUUUCAUUAACGGGGAAUUAAUAGAGUCGAAAACAACCAAAUGGAAUCCGAUUUAUAAUCCAGCGACAAAUGAAAUUAUUACUAGUGUUCCAGAGGCUACCCAAGAAGAAUUAAAAGCCUCAGUAGAAUCAGCAGCUGAAGCUUUUAAAGCAUGGAAGAAUUCAUCAAUACUUACAAGACAACGCGUCAUGUUAGAUCUUCAAUUUUUAAUUCGAGAGCAUACCGACGAAAUUGCUAAGUCAAUUACUGAAGAACAAGGAAAAACAUUUUCUGAUGCAAAAGGGGAUGUGUUAAGAGGACAACAAAUAGUUGAGAAUGCUUGCGGUAUAACUAACUUAUUGUUAGGUGAAAUUUUAGAAGUUUCAACGGAUAUGGAUACUUUUACCAUUCGUGAACCUUUAGGUGUAACUGCUGGAAUAUGUCCUUUUAAUUUUCCUGCCAUGAUUCCAUUGUGGAUGUUUCCUUUAUCAAUUGUUUGUGGAAAUACAAUGGUAAUUAAACCAUCAGAACGUGAUCCUGGUGCUAUGAUAAUUCUUGCUAAACUAGCAAAACUAGCUGGCGUUCCCGACGGUGUUCUCAACGUUGUUCAUGGCUCAACUGACGUAGUAAAUUUCCUUUGUGACAAUAAACAUAUUAAAGCAAUUUCUUUUGUUGGAAGCAAUAAAGCUGGCGAACAUAUACAUCGACGUGGAACCUCCAAUGGAAAAAGAGUUCAAGCAAAUUUGGGUGCAAAAAAUCAUGGUGUAAUUAUGCCCGAUGCGAAUAAGAAUCAUGCUCUUAAUCAACUUACAGGAGCAGCCUUCGGUGGAAGUGGUAUGCGCUGCAUGGCUUUGUCUACCAUGGUAUUUGUUGGUAAAUCAAAAGAAUGGUUGCCAGAACUUGUUGAACGAGCAAGAAAACUAAAAGUUUCAGGUGGAUUCGAGCCAGAUGUUGAUCUUGGACCAUUAAUAACGCGUCAAGCAAAGGAACGAGUUGAAAAAUUAAUACAGUCAGGGGUUGAUCAAGGCGCUGAAUUGUUAUUAGAUGGCCGUAAUCCUACUGUACAAGAAAAAUAUAAGAACGGAAAUUUUAUUGGACCCACAAUUUUAACCAAUGUUAAACCUGACAUGGAUUGUUAUAAAGAAGAAAUAUUUGGGCCGGUUCUAGUAUGUUUAAAUACUGACACUCUUGAUGAAGCUAUUGAAUUAAUCAAUAAAAACCCUUAUGGGAAUGGUACAGCAAUAUUUACCAAUAGUGGUAGUAAUGCACGAUAUUUUACUUCUAAUAUUGAAGUUGGACAAGUUGGUGAUGGUAAAUCUGGAUUACAAUUUUAUACACAAACUAAAACUGUAACUUCUUUAUGGAGACAUGAUGAUGUUAAUCAUUCACAUUCAUCUGCUGCUAUG